GCACAAAAGGUGCUGUACUCGCUGUCCAAGCGAAGGUAUUCGAAAGACAUUGGGUCCAUAGAAACACCAACCACCUCCAUGCUGGAUAUGACGGAUAUGCCUCUACCCCCACCGCCAGUAGAGGAAGAAGCCGACUUCGAUGAUCUCGAGGCGCGGUUGAAUUCCCUGCGAUCGUGA